UCGUAGAGUUUUGAUGCUUCGGGAGAGUGCUCUGACAGUCGGAAGCACCGCAUAAGUUUAUUUUUCACCUGUGUUUUGAAAGAAAAUUAUUGGAAUAGACCGAAAGGAAUGGAUUUCACGAUACCCCACCUCUGCUGUGUAUUGAUUAGUCUUAUCGCAGGUGUAGCCCAUGGCCUGGAGAUCACGUCCCAGGGACCCACGUCCAUAGAGAAGGCCAGCAGUGAGAGUGUCAAGCUGGAUUGUCAGUUUUCUCUGGCCCCCGUGGACUCUGGCCCCCUGGACAUCGAAUGGAGCCUACUGGCCUCCGACAACCAGAAAGAGGACAAAGUGGUGAUCCUGUACUCUGGGGACAGGGCCUAUGAGGACUACUACCCUGCAGUGAAGGGGCGGGCCCACUUCAACUCACCUGACCCAAAGAAUGGCGACGCUUCCAUCAACCUGACUGGUCUGAAGUCCUCAGACACGGGGACCUACCAAUGCAAGGUGAAGAAGGCCCCGGGCAUCCGCAGCAGAAAGAUGCUACUGACCGUCAUGGUGAGGCCGUCCAAGCCCAGAUGCUCUACUGAAGGCCCCACCCAGGAGGGUAAGGACGUGGUCCUGAGGUGUACGUCCAGUGAGGGGACCAACCCCCUGCAGUACACCUGGGAGAAGACCAGCGACAGCAAGAUUCUGCCUGCCUCAGCCGUGCUAGACCCUGUGGGAGGCACCAUGAAUGUAAGGAACGCGUCCAUCAGCUCCUCAGGAACCUACCGCUGCACUGCUAAGAACCACGUGGGCAUGGAGGAGUGUAUUCUACAGCUUGGCAUCACUCCCCCACCCAACACUGCUGGUAUCAUAGCUGGAGCCAUCAUCGCUGUGCUGCUGGCCCUCAUCAUCAUCGCCAUCGUCCUCUUCUGCUGCUGCCGCGCCCGCCACAGGAAGAAGUACGAGAAGGAGAUCUCUUACGAGAUCAGAGAGGACGUUCCCCCUCCGAAGAGCCGCGUGUCGACGGCUCGCUCUUUCACCAGCGUGGGCAGCCAGCGUUCCUCCCUGGGCUCCAUGUCCCCCUCCAACCUGCAUGAGUAUGCCCUCAAGCCCCAGUAUGACAAGAUCCCCUCUGUGGAGGAGUAUGAGAGGCCCCCCAGCCACACACCCCUGCCACCGCCUGUCGCCAGCAAGAUAGCCGGCCGUAACCUCAGUCGCAUGGGCGGCAUCCCCGUCAUGAUCCCCGCCCAAAACAAGGACGGCUCCAUUGUGUAAUGGAGAGAGAGCGAAGGAGAAAGGGAGGGUUUGGGACUGGGGGACACUAGCCAGAGAGGAGGUGGGGGGCUGGUCUGGCAACUAGAGAAAGGGAGGGUUUGGGACUGGGGGACACUAGCCAGAGAGUAGGUAGGGGGCUGGUCUGGUUACUGGAGAGAGGGAGGGGUGGGACUGGGGGACACUAGCCAGAGAGUAGGUAGGGGGCUGGUCUGGUAACUGGAGAGAGGGAGGGGUGGGACUGGGGGACACUAGCCAGAGAGGAAGUGGGGGGCUGGUCUGGCAACUAGAGAGAAGGAGGGGUGGGACUGGGGGACACUAGCCAGAGAGUAGGUAGGGGGCUGGUCUGGUAACUGGAGAGAGGGAGGGGUGGGACUGGGGGACACUAGCCAGAGAGGAAGUGGGGGGCUGGUCUGGCAAUUGGAGAGAUGGAGGGGUGGGACUGGGGGACACUAGCCAGAGAGGAGGUGGGGUGACUGGGCUGACUGAUAUUAUGUCCUCCACCACUCAUCAUCAGCUGUGGUGCCGUACUGAGGAGAAAAGAGAUGCAGUACUGUACCAUAUCACAUCAGGCCCACUGUGAACUAUUUACUGAAGGCAAAAAACAACAGAUCCUUCUAUGAAUUUUACUUCCUGAUCUUUCUGAUAAGCAGACACAAAAAUACUAGGGUGGCUAGAUACAUUUUAAUGGUCAAUUCAGAAAGGUUGCUUUGUACAUAGUUGAAUGCAUGGUGCUUUUUAAUCUAGCUGGCCCGGUCCCUAGAGAUGUGUGCAGAGCAAACCAAGGUCUCUGAUUGGCCUAUGGUGGGUUUGUACUGUGAAAGUAUGACAGCUGUAUUGAUGUGUUUCUGGGUGGAGGAAAUGUACAGUCCUACUCCACAGUCUUUUGGAUGAAAUGCCAAAAAUAUAAUCAGACAAAGGUUUAUAUCAAAUCUCUCAGUAACAUUUUUUCAAAUAUUUUUCAUAUUUGACAAUAACCCCUCCACACACACACAUUUGUUUAAUCUAUUUUAAGAAUAGGGGUUGCCGAAGGGAUUCAAGAUUUUCAAAUUAGUUUUAUCAUGUGGUUACCUUUAUUAAGAUGUUCAUUCCACUGGUUGGACUGGCUGAUGUAAUGGGCAUGUUUGCCAGCCCUGAGAGCAGUUGACCAUUUGAAUGGUCUAGCUUGGGCUGGGAGGGACAGACGGUCAGGGUUGGUCAACGACACGGGGGGGGGGGGAGUUAAGCCACCCCAUCUUGUGAUUGGUGGAUUGUUGUUUCUUUGCCAGGCUUACACCCCAUCUUCUCCCUUUUUCCCUCCCCUCUCUACAAGUUCCUAGAACAGGCAGUGUGUUGGAGAAUAGGGGGGUGUGGCUUCACUGAACAAUCAUAUUUGAUUGUGUUUGACUGCCACCAGCUCAGGCCCCCAACCCUUCUCACCCCACCAGUACACCCCUCCCCCAACACACAUUUCGUAUUAGCAGGAUGACUGCGGUUACACUGUUCGCUAUUAUUAACCCUCUCUGUUGUUUAACCAUACAACCAAAAGGUCUCCCCACAGUCGUUCCCAGAACACAUUCUGGAUUUGGUACCGCAUACCUAGGAUUCAAUAUGGCAAUGAACCACCUCUUUCAAUGGUCAUUAUUAAGUUUAGUGGUUCGUUCAUGCACCACCAUUUGUGAAGGAUAAAUGAAGGAUGUACAUGUAUGUUACAGUAUGUUACUAAGUAUGUUACAUGAUAUAUGGAAGGAAGUGAGUGUUCAGGGGAAGAAGUAAACAUUAGAAUACUGAGUCACAGGUGUUCACAGCUUUAGGCUGCACCUACAGUACAGUAACUGUUCUCUAGGGUUCCCAUGCUGUACCCUAGCUCUAUCAUGCAGUCAGUCACAACAGGCUGGUCCCAGUCUUACUCACAGCCCCAGUGCUUCUGCUCAGCCCAGAUGACUUGUUUCUGUGAUUGACAUCACUGUGCCUUGUCUGUACUGACUUGUAUCACACACACAGGCCCCUAAGUAGAUGUCUCAGUGGACACAGACACCUCCCUGGUUGCCUUUUAUUGUUGAUGUGCGCCAUAUAUGUAUGUUUUGUAGCCAACUAUCAUUGCCAUGUAUGGUGCUUGGCACAAGAGUUGGCUUCAGUACUUAUAGUUUGGCUAUAAUGGACCUGUAGUACCAGGCCUACAUCGGGCAUAAUAACCAGUCCACUUUACAUGGUUCCGGAUCCUGUGUAAUACUGCAUCGCAGUUUACAUUAGCUCUGUAUUUAAACUGUUGCAAUGUUUUAAAACAUUUCCCAAACAUUGACUCAUACAGUUGUUGCUUCUUUUUUAAUUCAUUAUUUAAUUUUUUGUUUUAUUUGUAUGAAGGCUUUGGUUGUAUGUGUAAAUGUACUGUAAAUGUGAUACGAUCUCUAGAACUUAUCCCACCACACUUCCUCUAGUGCUCUGUAUGUAUAAUGAUGCUCUGCAGUACUUUGCUUGGUUAAUGUGUAUCUAAAACAUGAUCGCUGGGUGUUAUCAAUAACAGUAGAGGGUGAAAGCCUGCUCAUUCAGCUGGGCACUAUAGCUCUGUUUCAGGAUCCACAUUAGCAUCUUAGUUAGAAUGAAUAUGAAUGAUUAUUUGAUGGAUCAGCCAUGUUAUGGAUUGUAUGAGUUUGACAUGGAUGUGUGUGUGUCCAGAUUCUAAAUAGUAUACUAGCAUGGUUAUUGUAACAGAGCCCGUUCUGUGUGUGAAUAGAAUGUGGUAGAUUUGGGGUGGAUGAAGUGGAGGUGAUGGGUGUAGAGCACUUUCUGAAUUGUACAAUAGUCCCGCGCCUCUCCUCAUUGUGGCAGGUGUAACUUCACACCCAUGGGACAGCAGCCACAUCCUCCUGCUGCACCGAGGCAGGAUGUGAAGUAAAACCCACCCCAUGCACUACCCCAAGGUGGAAAAGCUGUCAGUUCUCUCCAAGCCCAGGGAACUGAGUGUGUGUGUGUGUGAAUGUCUGGAGGGGGCCCAGAUAUAUAUAUAUAUAUAUAUUAGUAUUUUAGUAGAAUAGACCUUCAACUGCUGACAAACUGUACAGAGUCAUAUUGUACAGUCCCUCUCAACUCCGGAAAUUAAUGAUAAGAACUACUAACAUGAUAUUUACUGUAGCUUUUAAAAGAAGUGUACUAAUAUUGUAUUAAUAUUUUUCUUUCGGGGGUUUGUUUGCACAUUGUGUGAUCAAACCUGUUUUUAAUUUUUCUUUGUGUCAUUUUUUGUGCUGUAUUUUUAAAUAAUAAAAGGACAUAAAAUGAAAAAAAUAGUCCUUUCUUUUCCAUAGCAGCAGCUGUUGACUUUGUCUUAAAUCAUAGUGCUUUUCUCUAACCAGGUCUCAGCAGCCAGCCUAUCUUUAUCCUCUGGAGCCCUGGCUGGCCUCCUGCAGGCUUCCAUUCUGAUUCAUUUUAAUCGGGCAGUGAUUUUCACCCCUAACGCCAGUUGAGGUGACUUUCUAACCUCUAAUGACUAUAAUUAAUCAAUGAAGCACAGAGGCACUACGAUCAGAAACCGCUUGGCAAAAAUCCACAGCUCCAUUGAAACAGGCAGCACUAGAGCAUUACGUAUACUAGCCUGAUUCGCACCAUAGGGCCGAGCUGUACUGGACUGGCCUGGGUACGCAUCCACCAGAGUUGCUUGAGCCAUGCUGGAAAGGACUAUGUGAAAAUAAAAUAUCAGAGCCAGCACAGCCUGGUUCGUGUUGGGCAUAUCGCUUGAAUCGAAACUGUGUAGGGGAGACCGGUAGAAAUUGUAACAACUUGAAUUUCUCCAAACAGAAAUAAGCUAGUAAUGAAACUCACUCAGUACAUACCUGUUUAGGUUCUCUCCCUACUAGAAAGGUAUCUAAAUUUCUAAAUUUGCUCGUUUUAUAAGCAAAUGUUUGCUUUUUAGGGGUGAACUUAGUUUUUUCCACCGACUGUAUAUUUUUUUGUACUUUCCAAUAUUUCAAACUAGCAUAAUGUUCAUCACCAUGUUGGCUAAAUGUCACAACUCUCUUGAGUUUGACUGCUAAGGUUGGGGGCAAUUGUAACGGAGUGUUAAAAUGGCCCUGAGCCAAGCAGCCAAAUUAUUUUUUUAAACUAUUUUCAUUUUAAGAUAUGAAUUAUACCAAUAAUAACUUUAAAUAGCCUUGGGGUCCUGUAGAGGGCCAAAGACGUUGUAAACAGAUAUGAACUGAGAACCAUCAGACUGUUCAGACUGUUUUGAGACUGAAUGCACAAAUGGGUAUAACUGUAACUAUUGGUCAGGUACAUAAAAAUACAUAUUUAUCGCAAAAUCAUUACAUACUCUGUCUGAUAUCAUUCAUAAACAGAUGAACACAUUCUUUUUAAGGGAAGUGCCCUAAAGUGUACAAAUUCCUCUUCUUUCCUGCCUAGCAAUUAUCUGCCAGCCUCUAGCUGACUCGACGGUUAACCCAUCAACUUCUGGUGAAUUUUUGUUUUCUUUCAACAAUUUACAGCUCUCUGCCCCUCUGAUUGCUAAAUCAUUAACCUAUAUUUUUAACCUGACGGUUAUAUCUGGUACUAUCCCCAAGAUUUGGAAGGCGGCCCAUAAAAUUUUAGAAUCCUUGAUUCCUUCUCAGCUGAGAUCUUUCGUAAUCUUUGAAAUGUAUUUCUAAAUGUACAUCAGUUGAGUUUUUAUACCAGGCCAUAGUACUAUCUCUGCUGCAUCCCUAGUUCUAAAUGAUGUGUUUAGCUGUAUGGAUAAAAGGCAACAUUGUGCUAUCCUCUUCAUUGACCUGAUAAGUUUCAUCACUCACUGCUAAUUCAGAGGCCUGGAUGUAACUGUUAACAAAAAUGACUUGACAGAUCGAACUCAAUGUGUAUUGACUGAUGGUGUUAAAUCAGGUUUUCUGGACAUUACAAAAAGGUGUCCCGCAGGGGUUGAUUCUGGGUCCUGUACCUUUUACUGUUUACGUUAACAAUAUUAAUUCUGAAAAAUUGUAACUUGUAAACGUAUGCCGAUGAUCCUGUGGUGUAUGCUAUUGCCCCCACGGUUGACCAGGCUCUAUCUGAACUACUGUCUGCCUUCAUUCUAUUACAGAAAAACGUUGAUCUGAAGUGAAUAUUAAAUGCAUAAAAAUAACUGAUUUUAAGCAUAUGUACUUUGGAUUAUGUCCAUAUUGAUCUUGUCCCUACUUGACAUCUAUCCAGAUAUUUGUGUCUUUUAAAAAGCAUAUUGAGAAGUUGAGGAUAAAAAUUGGCUUUUUCUAUAGAAAUAUGUCUGCCUCUCGCCAAAUAGAAAGCAAAUUAUUCAGUCAACUGUCCUAUUGGUCCUAGACUAUGGUGACGUCAUAUGAACGCAGCUGCCACUUCAUAAAAAGCAAUUGGAUGCAGUUUAUCAGUAUUUGAAGCUGAUAUACCUAACUCAGUAGAGACCAAAGGAAUUUCCAGAGUUAACAUCGCUGAGACUGGGGUAACUCGCAACAUACACACUCAGUCUCAGCGACGUUAACUCAGGGAAUUACUUUGGUCUCUAAUGAGUUAGGUAUAUCAGCUUUAAAAUGUUAUGUUCUGGUGCCUCUAGGGCAAUUCAGAAAGCUGAUUGAGGACCUUUUUAAUGAUGAAUGUUUGUUUUUUUAAAGACUGUUUUUCUUUCUGCUUGCAUUUUGUAUUCAUAUUGGUGUUUUUUCUGUAAUUAAUGUAUAGUAUUAGUCAAAAGUUUGGACACACCUACUCAGGAUUUUUCUUUAUUUUUACUAUUUUCUACAUUGUAGAAUAAUAGUGAAGACAUCAAAACUAUGAAAUUACACAUGGAAUCCUGUAGUAACCAAAAAAGUGUUACAAAUCAAAAUAUAUUUUAUAUUUGAGAUACUUCAAAGUAGCCACCCUUUGACUUGAUGACCGCUUUGCACACUCUUGGCAAGGAGUUCCCACAUAUGUUGGCUGUUUUUUCUUCACUCUGCGGUCCAACUCAUCCCAAACCAUCUCAAUUGGGUUGAGGUCGGGUGAUUGUGGAGGCCAGGUCAUCUGAUGCAACACUCCAUCGCUCUCCUUCUUGGUCAAAUAGCCCUUACACAGCCUGGAGGUGUGUUUUGGGUCAUUGUCCCAUUGAAAAUCAAAUGAUAGUCCCACUAAGCGCAAACCAAAUGGGAUGGCGUAUUGCUGCAGAAUGCUGUGGUAGCCAUGCUGGUUAGGUUUACCUUGAUUUCUAAAUAAAUCACUAACAAUGUCACCAGCAAAGCAACAUUACACCUCCUCCUCCAUGCUUCACGGUGGGAACCACACAUGCGGAGAUCAUCCUAAUCUGCGUUUCACAAAGACACGGUGGUUGGAACCAAAAACCUCAAAUUUGGACUCAUCAGACCAAAGGACAUCUUUCCACCGGUCUAAUGUCCAUUGCUCGUGUUUCUUUGCCGAAACAAGUCUCUUCUUCUUAUUGGUGUCCUUUAGUCGUGGUUACUUUGCAGCAAUUCGACCAUGGAGGCCUGAUUCACGCAGUUUCCUCUGAACAGUUGAUGUUGAGAUGUGUCUGUUACUUGAACUCUGUGAAGAAUUUAUUUGGGCUGCAAUCUGAGGUGCAGUUAAUUGCCCAUUUCUGAGGCAGGUAACUCUGCAGCAGAGGUAACUCUGGGUCUUCCUUUCAUGUGGCGGUCCUCAUGAGAGCCAGGUUCAUCAUAGCGCUUGAUGGUUUUUGUGACUGCACAAAGUUCUUGAAAUGCUCCGUAUUGACUGACCUUCAUGUCUUAAAGUAAUGAUGGACUGUACUUUCUCUUUGCUUAUUCUUGCCAUAAUAUGGACCUUUUUUACUAAAUAGGGCUAUCUUCUCUAUUCCACCCCUAUGUUGUCACAACACAUCUGAUUGGCUCAAACGCAUUAAGAAGGAAUGAAAUUCCACAAAUUAACUUUUUAACAAGGCACAUCUGUUAAUUGAAAUGCAUUCCAGGUGACUACCUCAUGAAGCUGGUUGAGAGAAUGCCAAGAGUGUGUAAAGCUGUAAUCAGGGCAAAGGGUGACUACUUUGAAGAACCUCAAAUAUAAAAUAUAUUUUGAUUUGUUUAACACUUAUUUGGUUACUACAUGAUUCCAUAUGUGUUAUUUCAUAGUUUUGAUGUAAAAAAUAAAUAAAAACCCUUGAACGAGGAGGCAUGUCCAAACUUUUGACUGGUACUGUAAUUCAGGGCUUAUCUGUAAAACAUACCUUGGUAUUAGUAUGACUCCCUGAUAAAAUAAAGAUAAAAUCAAAACUGAAUAAAAGAGUGUUUAUUUAGUA